CUCGACCAAUCACACGCAGCGACUGACGCAAACCGGAAGCGGUUGAAUUUAACGUUACAUUUAAUUUCACAGAAACUUUUGGAAAACUACCGAAAGGAUGUCCUGUAACACAGGUGUUAUUCGUGUUCAGGUGUCAUCUGUAGGUCAGGCACAGCGAGCGCCAGUCCACCUAUUGCCCUGUGAGAUUGAACACGACGGUCCGGCCCAGGUGUCACAGUACCUCACUGCCACCACCAAAGACUGUAAACAAGAAAAGAGAGUGUCAUUCAGAGGGCGUGGGUUAAAGGGACAGGAGCUCAGCUGUCCACAGGGCUACACUGGAUUGGUGCUGAAAGAGAUCAACAAGCCCGGCUCUGACCAAGAGGACAGGACAGUGAGGUUAUCCUCUGUGUUUGACAAGCUGACCUACUGGAACCUGGAGACGCCUCCAACCUCUGACGACACAGUUGUGAUGGCGAUGGAUUGGCCAGAGUUGGCUGAUGCGCUCCACGGACCGAUAGAAGACUGAUGAGUGGAAGGUUGUCACCUCAGCGUUUACUAGUUCAGUGUCACAGAGCCAUGAGUGACAGAUGUUUAUAUUUUUGUAUAUGUUUUUUUUUUUUUGUAGUUAAGUAAAGAAAAACAAAAGAUAAUAUUGACUGACCAA